AUGCAUUUAAUUGCAUGUCGGAAUAAUGAGGAUGUCAAUACCAAUGAUGUAACAAAAACUAAUUCAGAGGUGACUGUCAAAAAUAAAAUUACAUCAAAAUCCACAGCUGUUACAUCAAAUAUAUAUCUAGUAGAUUCAGCGAUAGAGUGUACUUGGAUGCCAUCAGAGAAAACAAAGGCUGCAACACAUUAUUAUGCUAAGGAUUAUACUCCUGUUGUUUCAAAUUAUGAAGAAACUUCAAAUGUUGACAGUAAUAUGAAUUUAAACACAUUAGCUACAAGCAUUAAUAAUGAUUCAAAAUCGGAAGAUUUAUCGGAUGAUAAAAUUGCAGAUAAUGUCAAGAAAGGCUUUCUUCUUGCACUUGUAAAAAUACAGUCCCUUCAAGAUGUAACAUUUGGAUGUGUUUUAACUAUUAUAUCUGAAUAUUGGACCCUGACAGCAGCAAGUUGUAUUGAAUCAAUUGAAGAGGUUGAUGCUUUGGACUCUUUUGUAAUGUUAGAGGAGUAUGGAGAAAAAAACUUUGGGAAAACUCAUACAGUGUCAGAUGUUCUGAUACAUCCAGAGUAUCAGGGCAUAAACAAGAAUUAUGACAUAACAGCUCUAAAAUCUGAAGACAAACUAUUGAAGAGAGACCAACCAGUAGUGAAGCUGCCUACCGUGUUGGAGUUUCUCAUGGUAACGAUUGGCGAACAACUAAGUCUUCUUGGGUAUGGAAAGUUCAGGGAGGGGAUGGGAAGUGGGGAGGAGUCGCGCGCCGCUCGUGAGGUGCACGUGCACCGCGUGGCGGGCGCGCAGUGCGCGGCGGCGGCGCUACGCCACCUGAUGCGACCGGCGCCAGCGCCCCCGCCCACGUGCGCCGCGCCGCCGCUGUGUGCGCGCCCGGUGCACCUGCGCGCGCCCCCACCCCCGCCCGCGCUCCCCCCCGCGCCAGAUGCCUGCUACUGCGGCGGUGCGCUGCUGCUGCGCGGCACAACAGCGUUGGGCGUACAGGCGGGCCCCUGCGCCGGUUGCGAGCCCGCGCUCUACGUCAGUCUCGCACACAUCGCUGACUGGAUACACGCACUGAUUGCCGACGCUCUAUAA